CAAAAGGGUCUCCCAAGUUAUCAUUAUCUUAUACAAAAUAAUUCAUAAAAUACAUCAAAACCCUAAUUGAAGAAUUUGUUUUCUCUCCAUGCAAGUAAGCUUCUAAUUUCUCCUGGAAGCUUUUCAAUAUUCAGGGUUGUCAAAUUUCCAGUUACUUCGGAAACAAGAGCUCCAACCUCUCUCCCUAUUUUGCAUGUGUGUUUACUGUGUGUAUGGAAUAUGAAGAUCUUCGUCACUUUUGUUUAGUUUUUUGGGAUAUUAUUGUGUUGAUUUCAAUUUGUUUUAGUACAGAAUCAACAUAAUCAAGAGGGGAAGAAGCAAAUCGAAGAGGGUAAAGAGAUGGAAGGAGAAAGAAAGGAGGAAAGUCUGCCACCAGGGUUUCGUUUUCAUCCAUCAGAUGAAGAACUCAUCACUUACUAUCUUGUAAACAAGAUCUCAGAUGCUAAUUUCACAGGAAGAGCUGUUGCUGAUGUUGAUCUCAACAAAUGCGAGCCUUGGGAUCUUCCAGGAAAGGCGAAAAUGGGAGAAAAAGAAUGGUACUUUUUUAGCCUACGAGAUCGAAAAUACCCAACUGGUGUAAGAACAAAUCGAGCCACCAACACUGGUUACUGGAAGACCACAGGAAAAGACAAGGAGAUCUUCAAUAGUGUGACUUCAGAGUUGGUGGGGAUGAAGAAAACAUUGGUUUUCUAUAAAGGGAGAGCUCCCAGAGGAGAAAAAACCAACUGGGUUAUGCAUGAAUAUCGCAUCCACUCUAAAUCAUCUUUCAGAACUGCCAAGGAUGAAUGGGUGGUUUGCCGAGUGUUUCAGAAGAGCGCAGGAGUGAAAAAAUUCCCCACAACUCAAUCCCGUGCUGUAAAUCCGGUGUACAAUUUCGACAUCGGAGCAAAUUUACUGCCUUCACAAAUGAUGCCGGCGGCCGCCGAGAACUAUCACUUUCCGGUUGGAAGAAACUACAUGGGAAACCCUGAUCAAUUCGCUGAGUUCACAAGGAUAUUAAGAGGAGGCGCAUCAACCAGUGUUAAUCUACCAUUUCAAUCCAUGAACUACCCAUUGUCCGCUGGCGGCGCAGGAAGCGGCGGCGGCUUCACAAUCUCCGGACUAAAUCUAAAUCUUGGAGCUGGAGGAGCCACGGCACAGCCUGUAUUACGACCUAUGCAACAGCCUCCUCCUCAACAAGAUGUUUCUUCCUCCAUGAACAUGAUGGCAAGCAGUGCUAGUUUUGGUGGGGAGGCUGCAGCAAGCUAUGCAGCAGACCAAAUCCAUAACCCUAAUGGAGGUGGAAACAGAUACAUGGGCAUGGAGCAUUGUAUGGAUUUAGAUAACUAUUGGCCUACUUACUAAAGAGUGGAGAAGAAUAAUGAAUUUCAGUUGAGAAAAGCUAGAUUAAGAAGUAGAUUAAGUCUGUUAAUGUAGUAAACCUUAAGCUUGUUUCACUUCAAAUUUUAAUUUCUUCUGUUUCAUGUUGGAAAUUGCCAUGUAAGUGGGUGAAGUGCCCCAGUUAUCAGAGACAUUCAAAUCUUUUUUAUCAGUAACAGACUGAAAUCACUGGACUUCAUCAACUCAA